AUGGAGGAUUUGACCAAGAAAAGGGAGAGUGAUGGCUGCAAAUUUUUAGGAAAGAUGAUGAAUAGUGAUAACCACGUUCGAUGGAUCGAGGCGGCAAUAAUGGUGGUUGACACGGUGCGUGAUGGGACACCGUGGUGGCGUAAUGGCAUACUUGUUAAUAGUGAGCUAGACAAUGAUAUCAAGAUGAAAAUCACAGAGGAAAAUAAGUUGGGGAGACUAGAGAGUGCAUGA